CUGGAGAAUCAGGGCAAUAAAAGGAAGGAAGAAAAAUUGCACCGGCCACUUGUUCUGAAGGACGGAGUGAAGAAUCAAGUGUCAUCAACAGAUUAUUUUGCCCAGCCGUCAAUAUGCCACCCUUUCGGGCUGUUGUGCUGACCACUCUCUGCAUGGCCCUCAUGGCCAUGCUGGCAGCUGGUGCCAGAACCACACGCUGGCCCAAACCCCAGAGCACCAAGAAGCCACCUCGAACUGGGGCCAGCGGUGGUGGAGGUGGACGAUAUGGACGAACCACGACAACGACCCCAUCCCCUACAAACAGCCUGAACACUGAGGAAACAACUGACGUUAUGAUGGAUGCAUAUUCCCUGCCCUCUACAGAUAGCACGACAUACUCCAUUGACACAUACCCCACUGAAUUUCACACUGAUGCCAUAGUGCCCCCCGGGAACACCCUUUCAAACUUUACCCUUGACUACAACGAAUGCUUCUUCAACUUCUGUGAGUGCUGUCCGCCAGAAAAAGGUCCCGUAGGGCCUAUGGGAGAAAGAGGGCCACCGGGGCCACCAGGCGAGAGGGGCAUUCCGGGGUUGCCAGGAGAGAAGGGAGAAACAGGGCCCAGAGGACCUCCAGGACCAGCAGGAUUACCUGGAGCCAAUGGACUCAAUGGCGACAUAGGUGAAAAAGGUGAUCCAGGACCUGCAGGUCUACCUGGUACCCCUGGUAUCCCAGGAAAACCUGGAGAAAAGGGUGAUCCAGGCCCUAAAGGAGAAAAAGGUGAACGUGGCUUCCCUGGUCUAAAAGGAGACCCAGGAGAAAGAGGAGAGCCUGGCCUGAAUGGGACUAAAGGCAUCCCUGGCCCAGAAGGGCUGAUGGGUCCCCCAGGGAUUCCUGGGUCAAAGGGUCAGAAAGGUGAACAAGGGCAGCCAAGUGAGUGUUUACCAGGUGAGAAAGGAGAGAAAGGUGAUCAUGGACCCCCAGGUCUAAGAGGUGAGAUGGGCCCCCCAGGACUGAAUGGAGCUGACGGUGCAAAGGGAGAAAGGGGGGAGCCAGGGCCUCCAGGAGGGAAGGGUGAUACUGGACCUAGAGGCCUCCCAGGUGGGAGGGGACUGGCAGGGUUGAGGGGAGAGAAGGGACCUAGAGGUCCUCGUGGGCCUCGGGGUCCCAAAGGACCUCCAGGUGAGAGUGCCGUUCAGGUUCGAUCUGCCUUCAGUGUAGGUUUGUUCCCCAGCCGCUCCUUCCCUCCACCGGGCCUGCCUGUGAAGUUUGAUAAGGUGUUUUACAAUGGGGAGGGACACUGGGACCCGGGACUCAAUAAGUUCAACGUCACAUACCCCGGGGUCUACCUAUUCAGCUAUCACAUCACUGUGCGCAACCGGCCUGUGCGUGCUGCCCUGGUGGUUAAUGGAAUGCGGAAGCUACGGACAAGAGACUCUCUGUAUGGCCAAGACAUCGAUCAGGCAUCUAAUCUCGCGCUGCUGCCGCUGAACGAAGGUGACCAGGUCUGGCUGGAGACACUGAGAGACUGGAAUGGAGUUUACUCCAGCAGUGAAGAUGACAGCACGUUCUCUGGCUUCUUGCUUUACCCAGACAUAAAGAUCAAACCUACUGAGCUGACAAACCUGUGAAUGCAUCCUUGACUGAGCUCUGAUUUGAGCCUCUCGCAGACUCUGCAACUUUCAGCCUUUUGCACUGCUCUGUCAUUUUAAUGUGAUUCAGCUAAACACUGCUGCUCAGUAUCCGCUAGCUCCCAUGCUAAUCAAACCAAAUGCUUUGCUUGCCUUGCUGUACCUGGAGACGGGUGAGGCCUGAUUAACCUUCUGUAUGCAACAUUUCAGCUCUUUGUAACACUGCAUUAAAAAUGA